UGGAAGUUGACAUUUUCAAUGGUUUGGGAGCGACACAGGCGAACGGGAAAGGAGGGGACGAAAGCAACGUUGUAGCUCUAACAACUCAAACACAACAUAUGACAAAAUCAAACCCAACUUCCAUCACUCCCUCAAACUAACUCUCUUCAUUGUUCCUUUCUCCCCAACAACUGCAAUUGCAAAAAUGGGAUUGUGUAUGUUGGUAAAGGAGUUCUGGAGGGCUUACUUUUUCCUUUUCUCACCACAAUUUUGGAGAAUGGCCUUGCUCUGGACUUUCUCCAUUCUUUUUUCUUAUUACCAAUUGUUCAAACCCUACCUCUUCUCUCACAAACCCAUUUCCUAUCCCAGGUGCUCCCCUUCCACAAGUUCUUCUAGGCCCGUUUGCGUUGUCACUGGUGCCACGUCUGGCCUGGGAUUAACCGCUGCGUAUGAACUAUCGAAGGAAGGAUAUGUUGUUGUGAUUGUUGGACGUUCACAACAGUUAUUGUCAGAGACCAUAAGAAAAAUCAAAGAUUGGAAUAAAGAUGCCCGACUCAAAGCUUUUGAGGUUGAUCUGUCAUCAAUUGAGUCAGUUGUAAAGUUCAAAACGUCCUUGCGACAGUGGCUCUCGGAUUCUGAUUUGCAUUGCUCGAUACAAAUACUGAUAAACAAUGCUGGAAUACUUGCAACAUCACCUAGAGUUACACCUGAGGGCUACGAUCAGAUGAUCAGUUCAAAUUAUAUUGGCGCAUUUGCUUUAACCAAGCUUCUAUUACCACUUCUUGCAAGUAGCCCUGUAUCUGCCAAAAUUGUGAAUGUAACGUCCUUUACACAUCGAGCUGUCACUGAUGUGCAGGUUGAUGAGGAAACUGUAUCUGGGAAGAGAUUUUUGAGAUCAAUGUGCUCAUCAUAUCCAUGUGCUCAUAUCUAUGAGUAUUCUAAAUUAUGCCUACUUCUCUUCUCAUAUGAGCUCCACAGACAACUUUGUCUAAUGGGAAAAUCUCAUCAGAUAUUUGUCAGUGUUGCGGAUCCUGGAGUUGUGAAGACAAACCUCAUGCGGGAGCUUCCAACAAUAAUAUCUUGUUUGGCAUUCUUUGUAUUGAAACGUCUACGGUUGUUGCAAUCCCCUGAGUGUGGGGCUAACUCUAUUAUUGAUGCUGCCCUAGCUCCACCGGGAACAUCAGGAGCAUACUUUUUUGGGGGGAAGGGUAGGACUAUAAACUCUUCAGCACUUUCACGUAAUGCCAAAUUAGCACGUGAGCUUUGGGAAAGUACAAGUAAACUGCUAUCGGUGACCCCUUUUGGUGCUGAGGGAAACAGCUGGUAGCAUUGGUUCGGAUGUCAUGUCGUAUAACAAAGUGAAUAGGUCGCAGUUGGCCAUGUAGAUUGACAGAUGACAACCCAUUCUUCGUAUGAAGUUGAGGUUUAUAUUGUAAGACAUGUUUGAGAAAAGUACAAUACAACUAUUUGUGUACGGUGUACCUUCGCUUAGUAAUUGCCAGCAAUCAUUAUAUUUUUCAGCAUUA